AACACGACCACUACCUGACACUGCACAUUCCAAAGCUGGAUAGCGCAACGUAGUAGAUAGGCUUCCCUUGGCAAGGAUGGGCUUCCAACUCACGCCCGAGAGCCUGCGCAAGCUCUGUAGAGACUUGAAACUGUACUCGUCUUGCCCAGAGCUCAAUGACGUGUUGCACCUGCAAUGCAAAGGCAUUACCAAGCUGGAGAACCUGGAUGCGUACACAGGACUGAAGACGCUGUAUCUGGAGCAGAAUGCGAUUGCAGACAUUGAGAACUUGGACAUGCUGGUGAACCUGCGGUGCCUGUAUUUGGGGAAGAACAUGAUACAUUCCACGUUUGGGCUGCAAGCCCUGACCAACCUGGAGACGCUCGACUUGGCUGACAACAUGAUAAGCACCAUCACGGACCUAUCAAAGCUGCCACAGCUCAAAACUCUAAACGUGUCUGGCAAUCGGCUCGCGACUGUCGACGACCUUCGCGACCUGGCCAGCUGCUCACAGCUGCAGUCUCUGGAUAUGGCAUCCAAUCGGCUGGAAGCUCCCGAGGUUGUGGAUUUCGUGAUGGGGCUGCCGCUGCUGUACCUCAAGCUCAUGGGCAACCCAUGCGUUAGCAACUACCGGCACUACCGCAAAACGCUGCUGGCCCGCAUGCCGGCCCUGAACUAUUUGGAUGACUCGCCGGUGUUCCCCAAGGACCGGCGCCUGGCCCAGGCGUUUGUCGAUGGCGGCGGAGUGGAGGCGGAGCGCGCUAUGCGUGAGACCAUCAGGCGGGAGGAGGAGGAGACGCGGGAGAUGCACCGCCGGGCGUUCGACGCCAUGGUGGAGCGGGCGCGCCAGCAGCCACCGGAGCCGCACGACCCCAUGCGCUUCCGGGCUGUGCCUCCGGGCGAGAGCGAGAGUGAUGAGGAGGGCCUGCCGGCGCUCUACCGCCGGCGGGGCAAAAAGGAGGACCAGGCAGCUGCUGGCGUCAGCGCGGCGGAUCAGGGGCAGGGCGAGGACAGCCAGGGUGCUGCCGGCGCUGCAGGGAACUCACAUGCGGAGGAGCCGGCAGCCGCUCCGGCUGCGGCGGAGGAGUCGGCAGCACUGGCCAACGGCACAGUCACAGGGGCAGCAACGACGGGCGCUUCCGCGGGGCCGUCUGUGAGUACUCAGCCUGCUCCGGGCUCGCUCAUUGUCAACCUGGAGAAUGAGCUGCGGGAGAUGGUGGCGGUGGCGGGCGGGCCGGAGAGCAGCACGGCUGCUGCAGCAGCGCCUGCGGACGGCGGGGCGGCGCAGUCCCUGCUGCACGCCUCCCUGGCACGGCUGCAUGCCAACGUGUCCAACAUGGCCAGCCCCACGCAGCUGCAGGAGCUGCAGGAGCUGGGGCAGCAGGAGCUGGCGGGAGUGGUGCCGCCGCUGGCAAUGCCGGCGUCGCAGACGGAUUUCCGGGAUGAGCUGCGGGAGCGGGCGAUUGCGCGCGCGGCGGCCCGCGCUGAGCUGGCCAACACCAUGGCUGCCGAAUCGGAGAGCCAUGCGCUAGCGGCAGCUGCAGGCAGUCUCGGUCUGGAGGGCGGCGCGGGCGGGGCAGGGGCCGGAGCGCGCGGCGCCGCACACCUGCCGCGCGGCAGCCGCUCCGUGUGGCGCACGCCCGACUACCAGCGCCUGUGGAACAUGGCCCUGCAGGUGGGCGAGGUGCAGGAGCAGCAGGCGCAGGCGCAGCGCACGGAGGCGGCCGGCGGCCCGGCACCGCCGUCCGGGGGCGCCGCUGCGGGUGCCGGCGCUUCCGCGGGGGUAGGCGUUGGCCUGCUGCAGUACGGCGCGCCGCAGCCGGCUGCGACUCGGCCGGGGCCGGAGGAGGUGGAGCCUGCCGGAGUGGCGGGGCAACUGACAGCUGAGGUGUUGAUGGGGCCGGGUACGGUGCCACCGUCCGCGACGGCGUCCUUGGCGCCGCCCACGCCGGACGAGGCACAGAGCAUUGCCGACUCCGCCAUGGGAUACGACAGGAUGCGGUUGGGCGUCGGCGCCGGCGGGAGGGACCGCGACCUGGAUCUGGACUCGGCGCGGGAGCGGCGCGUCACUGACCGCGACCUGCGUGCGGUGGCCGAGGUGGACCUCGACUCGGCACGCGGCGGCAUGGCUCGCGGCUCUCUGAUGGGCGGCGACAUCGACAGCGCUCGGUCCUACUCGCGACCCGAGUCGUCCAUAGGAGACCCUGGCGAGGAGGGCGAGGCUGCAGAGGCGGUUGAGGAGGAUGACGUGCGACUGGACCUGGCGGCUGGAGAGGAGGGCGCGGGGGGCGGCCUGCGUGCGGCGGCAGGCAGUCGGCGCAGUGGCGAGGCCGAUGGCGACCUGUUUUCCAGAUACGCAAUCACCACGUAUGGCCGGGGCGACACCUCGCACCUGAGGCAGCGGCGCAACUCGGGCAGCGCGGCGGCGUCGCCCUCGGGCGCAGCGGCAGCGGCGAGCAGGCAUAGCGGCACUGGGGGCGGCCUGCCGCAGUCACCACUGCGGCGCGGCUCCAGCGCGGCCGCUUCGGAUGCACACCCGACCAAUGCUGGUGUGAGCGGCAGCGGCGCAGCUGGGGCCGGUGGGCGCGAGGAGGGCGGGACCUCGGUCUCCAGCCCCACACCUGCAGCUGCUGCCGUUGCUGGAGGCAGCGGCAUGCACGGUCGCGGCGGGCACGCGGGGCAUGCGCCCAGUCACGCCCACCAUCCGCCACACGCGCACCCGCAGCACCCACGGGUUGUGGCUGUAGCGGAGGCGCGUGCGGGGAGCAGCGGUGCCCGGGACGUGGGAGAGCUGGUUGUGGCCAGCCGGGAGGACUCCGCGCACGAGCCCCGCGCGUCCGGCUCUGCGGGGCCGGCACAGGCUGCGUCGGGCCCUGCACGGGGCCGUCGGAGCAGUCUGGAGUUGGGGCAGAACAGUAGCAUGCGGCGGACGGACACAGCGCACGGGCUGCAUGAGGAGGGUGGAGACGGCGAUGGCGAGCGCACGUCCGCUCACAGCGGCGGGGGCGGCGUCACGCGCCACUCUGGCACCGGCCAGGCGGGGAUGCACUCCUACGACAGUGACAACGAGAUGGCUGCUGAGGUGGCGGCAGCGAGAGCGAGUGCAGGGGCAGCCGACGACUCCGACAAUGACGUGGUCGAGGACCCGGUGGACCUGCUGCAGAGGGCGCGGUCCAUCCUGACAGCACCGGGGACGGACACGGCCGGGGCCAGCGCCAGCGGCCCUGGUGGGGGUCUCCAUAGCCCAGCAGACAUCUACCACCAGCUUGCAGGCCAGCUGCAGGACCCUAGCACGCUGCUGGCCGCGCGCCAGGCGGUGCUGGGCUCUUCCUCGGCUGCGGCGCUGCACAGACAUGGCUCUGCUGGGACGAGCGCUGCGAUGCGAGCCCCAAGCAGCGGACAGCACCCCACACAUGGCGGGCUGUAUGAGCUCGAUUAAACUCAUAUCACGUGUAGACCGGACUAAUGCACAUUGUCCGGGUCGACGCAUCAAUGCUCCGUGAUGUUGUGCGGUACCUCGGCACUGUGGUUUAGCUAGGCGGGGACGAGCGUUGAUGUUGUCUGACCUUUGGUGUGUGCGAUGGCUGCUGACACGUGGUAGGCAGCAGCAUGCGAUUGACGGUUGUACAGGGAAUGCGGGCAUGCAAGAGAGCCAGUCGGGACGUGGAAACUCUGGCCUGUACGGAGGCCCUGUAACCCAAUCCUCUG